AUGACUUAUCUGAGUACAAUUGGCGAUAGCUUUUGGAACAGCUGCAGAAAGGUAGAAAAUUACGAAAAAAACUUCAAAGAUAUAUUCAGUUAUUUCCUCAGAUGGACAGAACCUCAUAUUGUUGUAGAACUUUGCUUAGUUAUACUAGCAAUUCUGCCAUUGAUAUUCAAAACCCGAUCAACUGAAUCAUAUGUCAAAAUAUCUAGACUCUACAAUGUUUCAAGACUUUCGAUUUUAACAUUAUUUCACCGAAUUCUUUACAUUUACGUUAUAAUUAUACCCCUUGGUUACCUUCUUGGUAAACCUCCGCCAUGUACCGCUAUAAGGAUCGGCUAUUCAGCAGCUUUUUAUAGAUUAUACACUUUUCCGUUUCCAAAGCUAAGUUCUCUACUUCUUAUUUUGUUUUACGUAGGCUCUUUAAUCACAAUAUCUAAGCCGUGGGCCAAUAUUGUCAUUCAUUUAAUUGCACUUUUCUUUACAACUCAUUUCAUCAUAGUUGGAGACGCUUCUAUAUCACAAGCAUUAUUUACAUUUUCAUUAGUUUACAUUUUGAACUUCUAUUCGCAAAGAGUUCGACUUUCUGUUCUUCAUAUUGAAAAUGCUGCCUUUAUCAUACUAAUUAGCGUACUAUUUUCAUUGAAAGGGAAUUCCUUACUUUCAGAAGAGAAAAUAGAUUUCACUGGCCGAAUGAUUUCCGCAAUCACUUUACUAGUUAUCGACGAAUAUAUGUUAAUUAGGUACCAAUACACUAGAUAUGGCUAUGCGAGUGUUGGCAGGCCAAUUGAUAUCGGAUUGGAGACUGGAUCUAACGAGGAAGGCAAGUAUUUCAGUGUUUUAUCAUCUGAAGAAGAAAUUGCUUUUUCUAAGAAUUUGAUCAAUGAUAUUUUCGACUCUUUCGUUGCCACUUUCUUCUUCCUGAUCGGCCUUUACAUACGACACCAAAUAACAGGUGUUAUCAAACCAUCAUUGCAUGGUUUGCUUUAA